CUCAGUCUGCUUCAAAAGAACAAAAUCCGUAUUUGCUUGAGGAUUAAUACUUUUAACAUUAAUGAUUUAAAACAUUUCAUUUGAGAGUUUAAAGCCUUUGGAAAAUGGCUCCAGGAAUUUCAAGUUUUUAUUUGAGUGAAAAUCCACUUUCAAUUUCCUUCUCUGGAUCUGGAUUUAUGGCUACCUACCAGUUAGGGGUUGCCGAAUGCUUGCUAAAUAAUGCACCAUGGAUACUGCGCACAGCGCCUUGUGUCCUGGGUGCCUCUGCUGGGUCUCUGGUAGCAGCUGCUGUAGUCUGUAAAAUGAGCAUGAUAACUAUUCGGGAUGAGAUGCUGAAUUUUGCCGAACAAAUGCAGUCUUUUACACUUGGGCCAUUUAAUCCUUCAAUCAAUGUUUUUCACUGGUUGGAGAGUAUUUUACACAAACAUCUUCCUUCUGAUGCCCACCAAAUGGCCAACGGGCGUCUGUCUGUGUCCAUGACACGCCUGUCUGAUGGCAAGCAUAUUCUCAUGUCUGAGUUUCAGUCCAAAGAGGAUGUAGUGCAGGCUUUGCUCUGCAGCUGCUUUGUGCCCGUGUACUGCGGUUUGCUGCCUCCAUCCUUCAGAGGAGUAUAUUAUUUGGACGGGGGCUUCAGUAAAAUGCAGCCAGUGCUGCCACGCAGUCAGACCUUGACUGUGAGUCCAUUCUCUGGAGAGAUAGAUAUCUGUCCCACAGACACGCCUUGCAAUUGGGACAUGGUGGUGAGUGGCAGCACUUUGAAUAUCAACAUGGCUAACAGUUUCAGGAUCUUCAAUGCUCUCUACCCCAUAGCUCUAGAGACUCUGGAACAGGCCUACCACAGCGGCUACAAGGAUGCUUUUAAUUUCCUUCAAACCCAUGAUCAUGACCCAUGUUUGAUGAUACUCAAAUUAUCCCAGGGGCCACUUGAAUGUAACCAAACAAAAACGUGCGUUAAUCUGGAGACAGUCACAGAAGAAGAGAAGGAGAUAAAAGUGGAAAAGCAGACUGCUACACUGACAUCUUUAACAACCAAGCGACACGUGCAGAAAGUCAGCUCUACUGAACAUGAACUGACUGGACAGAUUAAAGAGCCUUUUCUCCAUUUUGACAUGAUAAAGAAAGUUCUGCUCGGAAAUGUUGUGACCUAUCUGAGCAUUUUUGGACUCCCUGUGAAAAUCUUCUAUAACCUGUUCCUACCGCUGAUGCUGUUGUUUCACACACUUCUUCCGAGUAGACACAGGCUUGAGUUUUUGACCUGGGCUUGGCAAAGCUUGCGACACUUUACCAUAUUCUUUUUCAACAUAUGCGUGGGCACCUUCAAGAAGAACAUAGAUGAUCGGGUUGACCUCAUCAUCCUGCUGUUGCAGUGGCUGAUAGCCCUACUAUACGAGCCAAAAAACAGAGGCCCGCUUCAUCUCGAUGGAAGUUUGUCUCUUCUGCCCAUUGAGAAGAUGUCAGCAUGGGAGAUGACAAAGAUGGUUCAUCCCAGAAACAGAAACAAGACAUCACAAUGACAGUUGAUGUAAUGUAAACUCUAAUCUUUUAAAAUCUGGUCAUGUGCAUUUUUUAAAAGUUUAAGCCCUUUAGAUUGCUAAUGAAGAGAGAAACAAAGUCUUGAAGGUUGAGUUUUGCAUUCAUUGACCAAAGCUUCAAAAUAUGUUUUAUUUUUGUUGUUCUUUUUCAAACCACAUGCAGACCUCCAUUAAGUCAUUGAUGUAGUACUAAUCUACAGUCAGCCAUGUACUGAAUUUGUUGUCGUAUCAAAAUACCAAGCAACACUACACAGAAAACUUUCAUGGGCACGUGUUUAGGCUGUAGUGGUGAAAAACAAUGAAUUGUGGGCACAGUAAUGCCAUCAGGAGAUUUAUUUUGGGGGAAAUUGAUAGCGUGAUCUUAUGUGUCACUGGUUUAUCAAGGUGUGUUAAGAUCAAUGGACACAACAUUGUUGGGGUGGGUUAAAUGACAGUAACAGGGUUUAUGUUGUGCUCUAUAACCAUUUAUUUUGUAUCUUCUAACUGUUCCUAUGUUAUACCUAAUCAAAAGAAUGAUUAACAGUGGUUAAUAUAUAUUAUAAUAUUGUAAUACUGAUGCAUAUAUCAUGUUGUGUUUUACAGGGAUUUCUGAUACCACGACAAAAAAGUUCAAUGUUGUUGGAGGAAUGGUUAGUGGUUCAUCAGCUGAUUUGUCAUGAGUGAUAUAGCAUUUAAGUGCAACAUGCUAAUCAAAAACAUUUGCUGUUGGCGGCAACUUGAGAAUUUAGCUUCGAGGCACUUUUCUAAAGUGCUCCUAAUUUCAAUUCCCGUUGAGGUGACAACCAGUCCUGUGAUGUGAGGAUUGAACAAUGCCCUCUUUCACUACUCGCCCCCUUUGAGUGCACACAUAUUUUACCUCAUAACUGCUGUUCAUUGAUAUGAAGUUAAGCACCAGGGGCCUCUGGCAUCUCCUCAUUUACUUUUUACAAGUGGUUGAAGGAAGAUUGAAUGAUUCUGACAAAUGCCGCCUUAGUUAGGCACCAGUAUGUGCUGUGACCUUCUUCUAUCUCCAUUGUAACCAUCAUCAAAGUGCUUUUGGAAUC